AUGGACAAUGUUUCAAAUAUAUCCUCUGUUUUGACACUCCAAGGCUUAGAUGUACCUCAGGAAAGAGCUUUUCUGGCUAUUCUUUUGGCCACGCUGGGCUACAUGGUUGUUGUUUUCUGCAAUCUUCUUCUACUCAUUACCAUAAUUCUCAACAAGCAUCUUCACCAGCCGAUGUACUUUCUUCUGAUAAACAUGCCGAUCAACGACCUCAUUGGCUCCACAGCCUUAUUUUCUCAACUCUUGAGACAGUUUUUGUCAAAUUCCAAGGCCAUAGAGUUCCCUGCCUGUGUUACUCAAGCUUUUUUUAUUCACAUCUAUGCCACAGGGGUAGUGUUUGUCUUAACUGCCAUGGCGUAUGAUAGAUAUAUUGCUAUAUGUAGACCAUUGCGGUAUGCCACAAUAAUGACAAAUGCACACAUUGUGAGAAUCAUCACACUAAUCUGGGGUUCUAAUUUGCUUUUGAUUGGAGGUCUUUUCAUCCUCCUUCUGAGGUUACCUCGCUGCAGAAAUAAUGUAACUCACACUUACUGUGACAACCCAUCACUGUUGAGAUUGAUGUGUGCAGAUACAACCAUUAAUAACAUCUAUGGUAUUCUGACAGUGGUUUGCACACAGCCAAUAACUGUGGGUCUAAUUCUGUUCACCUACCUGCAGAUUCUGAUUGCCUGUUUCAGGAGCAAAAACACAGACACAAGAAGCAAAGCCAUGCAAACGUGUGCCACACAUCUGGUUGUUUUUCUCCUUUUUGAGUGUUUAGGGCUUUUCACUGUUAUUUCGUACAGGAUAAAAAAUCUUUCUCCUGCUCUUACCAAAUUUAUUGGUGUUUCCACAUUAAUAUUCCCUCCAACACUGAAUCCAAUUAUUUAUGGAAUCAAUACAAAAGAACUCAGAAAAAGAGCUAUCAUGCUUUUCAAGAAAAAUGUAUUUCAAAUGUGA